CAUAUACCCUCUCUUUCUCCCUCUCAUUCUCUUCCCCAAAUCAUGGCAGCAUCCGUAUCCUCCAACCCUUCCCACAUACUCAUCGCCCGCUCAGCACGCUCACCAACAGGCCCAUCCCUCUCCAGUCCAACAGAGAAUCACACCCCGGCAAUGGGCGUCUUCCCCCCUCCGCACCAUUCUAGGAGGAGCAUAUCCUCCCCGAGCUGGAACGUAGAGGAUAGUGGAAGCGGGACGGAGGACAUGUAUGAGCAUGUGCAGAGGAGCGAGAGUGGACUUGAUGAGGGCGAGGAAAUCGAGGUCGACCCUACGUUUCGGAGGGAUAACGAGUGGCCGGGGACCGUGAGGAUAAAUGUGGAGAACACGACUUUCUGGGCACACAAAGACGUCCUCAUAUUCGCCUCACCCUUCUUCGCUGCAGCGCUCUCAGGCAACUGGGCCGAAACGGGUCGUCCAGCCUCCCUCUCCAGCUCGAUAAUAACCGUCACUCGGUCUUCCACUCCCCCUCCACUCCCCUCACCCUCUCACGGUCCUAUCCCGGAAUCCGUCUCCCCUACGCCUGAUUCUCCCGAACCCUCGCCAGGGAUGUUUCCCGCCGAUCUGGAAGCAGAGCAAGAAUCAGACGGCGCUACCGAUCCUCAGCCAGACCCCCGCUCCUCCCCUCCACCGCAGACGACACUCCAUUUCCUCUCCCCGAGCCAGUGUAAGGAGUGUGCUUCUCCCCUUCCUGAUUCUGCCACUCCUGGGAACAGCUCAGGGGAAGAUGAGGAUCCGGCGGAGGCGGGGGCAGAGGCGGAUCCGAGUGUUCACCGUGCUGCUUCCCUUCGCGCGCUUUCCUCUGGCCCCCCGAGACGCUCGACGAUGGAGGAGAAACGCGCUAGCAAGGGGAAACGGAAUGUGAGAGUAAGCUGGGACGGUAGGGCGGGGAGGAGACCCAGACCUGUGACCCGCAUGAGCGGCUGCGCGGAGGCCGUGAUCGACCUUAAGGAAGAGCGCGCGAGCGCGUUCCACGAUUUCCUCAAGUUUGUGUACCCUCACCUGGAAUGCACCAUCACCUGGAAUAACGUGGAGAACCUGAUGCACCUCUCGCAGAAACUCAUCUCCCCAAACCUGCAGUCCGCGUGUCUCUCCUUCCUCCUCUCCCACGCAGCGGGCAAACCGAUCAAGGCAUUGCGCAUCGCGGAGCUGUAUGAGGAGGAAGAGCUGUAUAGGGAAGCGAGCAGGUUUGUGUUGGACAAUCUGGGCGGAUGGCCAGAUUCGGAGCUCAGGACACUGUCGAGGGAUACGCUGCUCAAGCUCGAAAAACGAAGAACAUGGUUCCUUGAGCGCCUGCUCAAACUGGGCGUCACGCCCAUAGCGAAAGACUACACCUGCUGCUCCUCCUGUCCAGACCCGACGACCUGCGCCCGUCACUUGGAAGAAAAAUGGCGUCAAGGCUACCUCUCCCUCCUCCGGUUCGGCCCGCCCCAGCCAAGCAUGGUCUUCCGCUACCUGAGGCAGCUUGAGCUCUCUCCACCACUCACACUCACCCAUCUGAGCUGCCAAACAUGUGCCAAGACGUACAUCUCUACCUUGUUCGACCGCAUGUUCUCCCUUGGCGUACGCGGUUCUGGCACUGAUACGACCCCGCUCGGCGCGCGCGUAGGCGUUGCGAGCGGCAUCGCAGGUCCUAGAAGACACUUCCUGUAUUGCGCUCUGAGGGGAGAGAGGGAAUGGAAGCCCGCGUCUACGAGAGGGGAGGUCUAUUUCCGGUAGAUCUAGGUCGCUGGCUCUUCGCGAACGAACGGUUGUUGAUCCCUGCAUGGGGACUUCCCGUAUUGGUUCGAUGCCCAUUCGUGGGUUUCGUCCCGUGUGAGCUAGGAACGGUGUGUGCUGCGUGCCUGCGUGUAUAU